GCCUCUUUCCCCUCCGACUCCACUUCCCAAAAGGCCUCGCUUCAAGAUUCCUUAGUGCCCGAGGAGGCUUCUGGGAAGUGUAGUUCGGGGAUUGAUCGGGUGUGUGCUGAUUUCGCUUCCGUGGCUGGGCCCUUUGUUCGUUAGGGACUGAGGCCGGGAGAGCGAAGCAUGGAGGAGGGACAGCCAAGGGCCCCCCCGGCCCGGCCCCAGGAGUCGGUGACGUUCCGAGACGUGGCGGUGAGCUUCAGCCAGGAGGAGUGGCGCGAGCUGGACGCGGCGCAGCGGGACCUCUACUGGGACGUGAUGCUGGAGAACUACGAGAACCUCGUGUUCCUGGCGGGGCUGCCCGUGCCCAAGCCCGGCGCGCUGGCCCACUUGGAGAGGGGAGGAGCGCCGUGGAUGCCUGACGCCCAGUUCCCAGGAGGCCUCUUCCCAGAUUCCCUUAGUUUGGAGAUUAGAUGUGAAACCAAGGACUCAGCAGCAAAUCAGGGUGAUUGUACAGGGGUAUCCUCUAAGAAGAAAUUCACAAAGGAUGGUCCUUGGGAUUUCAAGAUAGAAGAAGCUUGGGAAUUUGAUGUCAGGUUAGAAAAACAGAAGGACAUGGGGGAGAAACAAUCCAGACAAGUAACAGUUUCUGACAGAGAAUCUUCUAAGGUGAAUCCUCAUGAAUGUAAAAUAUUUGGGGAAGGUUUCCGUCUGGGCUCAUUCUUUGUACCACAAGAAGUACUUCCUUCAGAAAUUAAUCAAGGUAAGCUCUUCACACAGUUUUCAGAUCUAAGGAAUCAUAAUGUAACAUCCUUAGGGAAGAACUUUUCUAAGCACAAUAAAUGUAGGAAACCUUUCAGUUACCAGUCAGAUCUUAUUGAAUUCUAUACUGUACAUCCUGGAGACCAAUCAUAUGUGUGUAAAGAAUGUGGGAAAACCUUCAGCCAGCGGGGAAACCUUAAUAAACAUCAGAGAGUUCAUACUGGAGAGAAGCCUUUUGAAUGUAUUGAAUGUGGGGAUACCUUUAGCCAGAGAAGAAAUCUGAAUGCACAUCAGAGAAUUCAUACUGGAGAGAAACCACAUGAAUGUAAUGAAUGUGGGAAAGCCUUUACCCAAAGAUCACAUCUUACUCAACAUCAGAGAAAGCAUAAUGGAAAGAAACCAUAUAAAUGCAAUGAAUGUGGGAAAGCCUUCAACCACAAAGGGAACCUUAACAGACAUCAGAGCAUUCAUACUGGAGAGAAACCCUUUGAAUGUAAUGAAUGUGGGAAAGCCUUCACCCAGAGGAGAGACCUGAAUGCACAUCAAAGAAUCCAUACUGGAGAGAAACCCUUUGAAUGCACUGAAUGUGGGAAAGCCUUCAACCUCCGGGGGAGCCUUAAUCAGCACCAGAGAAUACAUACUGGUGAGAAACCCUUUGAAUGUAGUGAAUGUGGGAAAGCCUUUAGACAGAGGGGUUAUCUUAUUUAUCAUAAGAGAAUUCAUACAGGAGAGAAACCAUUUAAAUGCAAUGAAUGUGGGAAAGCCUUUAGACAGAGGGGAAACCUUAGUGAACAUAAAAGAAUUCAUACAGGAGAGAAGCCCUUUGAAUGUAAUCUUUGUGGGAAAGCCUUCAGAAAUGCCUUAUGCCUUACUCAGCAUCACAGAAGUCAUACUGGAGAGAAACCCUUUGCAUGCAAUGAAUGUGGGAAAGCUUUCAAUCAUAGGAGGAACCUUAAUAGACAUCAGAGCAUUCAUACUGGAGAAAAAACUUUUGAAUGCAAUGAAUGUGGGAAAGCUUUCAGCCAGAGAGGAGACCUCAAUGCACAUCAGAGAAUUCAUACUGGAGUGAAACCCUUUGCAUGUAACGAUUGUGGAAAAACCUUCAACCACAGGGGAAACCUUAAUGUCCACCAGAGAAUUCAUACUGGAGAAAAACCCUUUGAAUGUAAGGAAUGUGGGAAAGCCUUCAGCCAAAGGGGAAGCCGGAAUCAACACCAGAUAAUCCACACUAGAGAGAAACUCUUAUGAGUAGAGUGAAUGUGGAAAAGCUUUCAUAUGUGCAGAACACAUUAAUGGACAUCUGAGAAUUCAUCAUGGAGAAAACUUCAAAGUCACAAUUGGGGAAAAGGAAGCAUCAAUUCACAUGGAUAAAAAGCUUUAUGAAUGUAAUGAUGGGGGUAAAACGAGAUGAUACUCAUCCCUCCUCAAACAUCAGAGACUCUACAGUGUGAAACAAGGGUGGGGAUGUAAUGAUGCGUGUUCUGCUACAUAAUAAGCUAUUGCUCUUGCUGCUUCAUAGCUUAUUAUUUAGGUGCCAGGUAUUUGGUAACAUGCCUCUACUUUCAUUUUUGUAAAUAGUUUUUGUAAUAUUAAGUCUAGAUGUUCUUUAGAUGUUGGAUAGAAUUCACUUAUAUAUGUACCUGGUCUUUAUUUCCACCUCUCUCCACUCCUACUUUGGGAGUUCAUUUACAGUUUAUUCAGCUUCAUCUUAUGACACCAAAUUACUUUAGGUUCUCCAUGUCUUCUGUUAAUCUGGGUAGUUUAUAGUUUUGUAAAUAUUAAUUUCAUUUGUAAAAAUAAUUAAUUUUCAGGGUUUUGUCACAUAAUUGGAUAUAUUUGAUUUGUUGUGAUAUGAUCAUUUGAAAAUUUUUAUGAUGUGGUUUUUCUUUUUUCUUAUCAGUUUAGUUAAUGAGUUCUCUAUUUUAUCCAUUUUUUAAAAAUUUGCUGUAUUAUUUAUUAUUUCAAUAGUUAUUUUGUUUAUAGUUUUGUUUAUAACUUUAUUUAAAGAAUUUCUAUUUUUGCAUUCACAUAAGGGCUUUUAAUUUGUAAUUUUUCUGAUGUACAAGUGUAACCAUGCUAGUACUCUAAUCAGUGAACCCCAGUGGCUUUCUUUUUUUUAACCCUUAGUUUAUGUCUUUAGUAACAAUUCUGACUAAGGGCUAGGGAAAUGGGAUUAAGUGAUUUGCCUAUGGUCACAUAACUAGGAACUAGCUGAGGCCAGAUUUGAACCCAGAUUCUCCUAAAUCCAGGCCUGGCACUCUAUCCACUGGGCCACCUAGCUGCCCCCUAGUGGAUUUCUAUUGCCUCUGGGAUCAAAUAUAAGCUCCCUUGGCCUGCCUUCCCACCCUUGCACAUGACUUCCCUUCCUUUCUGACUGGGCAAUUCCUUGCCCACAGCUCUUCCCUUCCCUUAUUUGUGCCUUUGCACCAGUCUCUUCCCUUCCAACACAGUAUUCCUACUUUACCCUUGCCUCUUCCUUGUUUCCUACAAAAACUCUUAUCCAGAGAUGUCGUCUACUUGGAGUCUUUCCUGAUCCCCUUACUUUCUGAUACACUCUCCUCCCAUAUUUCCUAUAUUUUGUAUAUACUUAUUUAUAUAAAUGGUAUCUCUCCCAAUAGUGUAAGGUCCUUGAGGGCAGGAAUGAUUUCAAUCUUGUCUUUAUGUUCAUAGUGCCUGGCAAUUAGUAGGUAAUCAAUAAGGCCUGGUGAUUGAUGAAUGUUUUUCUAGUUUAGUUGCAUGCUCAAUUCAUGUGACUCUCAUUUUCCUCUCUCUUUUGCUGAUGUAGGCAUAUCUAUCUCUACCUAUAUUUAUAUCUGUUCCUCCUAAGGACCUUGUUGUCUUCAUCCCAUAAGUUUUAGUAUAUUGCAUCAUUUUCUUUGAUAUAAUUAUUGUUUCUGUCAUUUGUUUUUUACCCUUUUAUUAAUAUUAUAUUAUUGAAGUUGGAAUAUUUUCUUUAGAUUGCACUUAUUAAUUACAAUUUUAUUGGAUUGUAGUCUGUAAAGGAUUUUUUUUAAGCCCACCCAUAAAUUUUGCUUAAUGAUUCUUUGUGCCAUCGCAUGUGGUUAAUUUUUAUAAGACUGAAAAAAAUGUAUACUCUUUUUGACUCCCAUUCAGUAAUCACCAAAGGUCUAUCCUAUCUUACUUUUCUAAUAGUCUCUCCCGAUCCCUAACUUUUUUGGUUAGAUUUUAUUUUAGAUUCCUCUUUGAUUUUAAGUCCUCAGUAAUUUUUUUUUUGCCUAAUCCUCUAUAUUUUGGCUUUUUCCUCUAAGAAUAUGAAUGCUGUGCUAUUAAGUACAUAUCUAAUUAAUAUUGACAAUUUUUCAUGAUCUGUGGUACUGCUGUACAUAAUGCUUCCCACUUAUCUCUUUACUGUAUCUAUUUUUAUUAUUGCUUUAUCUUAAGUUGUGAUUGCUACUUUUAACAAAUUCCUCUCAGACGUACGUCUAUUCAUUUUAACUCAGUAUGAGUCUUUAUAUUUUAAGUGUUUCUUGUAAACAACAAACUGCUGGAUUUUCCUUUCUCAUUCAGUUUGCCACCCUCAUCAACAUUGUGGGUGAUUUGUUUCACUCAUGAAUAUUAAUUCAGUAAUGUCAAAUAAAAUACAACCAAAGAGGCUACUGAGACAUUCUAUUAAUGCAAAAGAAUCCAAUGACAAGAUUAAUAGAUCCCUAAAAAAGCCUUUGACAGAACAUCAGCCCUCGUUCUUUACAAAACAUUAAAAUAAAAAGCAUAGGAAUAAACUGGCUUUCACUUAAUAUUAUAAAUAGCAUCUGUCUAAAGCCAAGAGCUAACAUUAUUUACAAUGGAGAAACAAUAGAAGCUCUCCAAGGAUGAUUAGGUGCAAGACAAGGACAUUCACUGUCACUACUGUUAUUUUAUAUCAUUCUAAAAUGCUAGAAAGGCAGCUCGGUGGAGCAGUGGAUAGAGUGCUGGGCCUGGAGUUGAGAAGACUCAUCUUCCUGAGUUCAAAAGUUGCCUAAGACACGUAUAAACUGUGUGACCCUGGGCAAGUCACUGACUCUUUUUGCCUCCGUUUCUCAUCUGCAAAAUGAGUAAAAAAAAUGAGAAGGAAAUGGCAAACCAGUUCAGUAACUUGCCAAGAAAACCCCAACGGGGGUCAUGAAGAGCUGGAUGGGACCGAACAACAACAGUAAGUGCUAGAUGUAGAAUCAGAAUAAGCAGAGUGAGUAAAUUGAUCUCCAUUCAGAGAGGCUGUGAUGGUUCUUCUAAGAGAAUCCCAGAGCCUCACCCAAAAAUCAGUUGAAACAAUAAUCAGUAAAUGAGCAUGAAGUAAUUCAGUAAAUGAAAUAAGCCUAGAUGAUCUGUAUGCUUCUAACAAGUCACAGGAGAAGACUGAAAAGGAGGCUUAUCCAGGAUCAGUCGAAGAUGGUGAAAAUCUCUGGCAUUUUCUACACUAAGACAUACUCGGGUCUUAGAAAGAACCAGAAAUGCUGUUUACAGAAAUAAAGGCGCAAUGCCAGAGGGCCACUGUGAUGGCUGACCGUGCUGUGAACUGGUCGUUCCAUUCUGGAGUACAACAUGGAAUUAUAGGAGGAAGGUCUCUUCUGUAUCUCCUCGUGGACACUGAUGUAUGCUCUGAGAAAAUCAGAAAGAGAAGGGGGAAGGUCCUCCAGACACGCGUACAGAAAUGCUGACAUCAGCACUUUGUGUGGUAACAGGACUGGAGGCAAGUUGUAGCCUGGGAAGGGAAUGGAAUCCCAUCAGCAAUGACAACCGAAGACUGAGAGGAACUUGGUGAGGUGUGGGAGGAGCUCGAACCAGAGAACCCUCUACACAUUGACCACAGUAAGCCAUCGUUGCAGCCAUCAGCCUCAACUUCCGGAGACACCCUGAAGCAUGUCGCCCUUGUCUUGGCUAAGAUGGCGGGAUGGAGCUUUGAGGGAGACAUGCCUGUGAGACAUGGACCAUUUGUGUGGGGGUUUCUGCAUAGAUGGACUUUUCAGUGAAGGGGUUUGGGGGUGGGAGGGAGGGAGGGAGGGCGGGCUCAUGAUGGAAGGACUGUGAGGUAAUAAAAAAAUAGAAAACGAGAAAAAUUUUAAUUUAUCCCUUGUUAAAGACUAGACAGUUGGAUGUCACCAGCCACUUUGUUGUUUGGUAUUUUGAGAGAUUAAAGACUGUAUCUUGCUUUUUGGACCUUCUUACAAUGCAUAAUAGAUGUUGACAGAUGCCAGUAGAGUUGCAUAAGACAGUGCAGGUUUGUAAUCUCAGGCAGCUAUGGCAGACAGUGACAAAACAGUUGGCCUGAGUUCAAGUCCAGCCUCAGACACUAGUUGUGUGACCCUGGGUAAGUCACUUCACCUCCUUUUCAGAUUCCUCACCUAUAAGAAGGGGAUAUAAGAACAGCCCCUCCCUUACAGGUUUGUUGUGAGGAACAUGAGAUAUUUGUAAAGUGCAUAUCACAGUGUCUGGCACACAGUAGGUGCUUACUAAAUGCUGGUUCCUUUCUCUUCUCAAACAGUGCCUGAACUACAAGAUUUUAAAAAGUUUACUUCAUGUAAUUUUAGAUGGUUAGUUUCCUUUGAAAAAUUCUAAAAUCAGUAAAAAAAAUUGUAAAAUCAAAAAAGUUGUUGCCCAGACAAAAUUUUAAAGUAGCUUAAAUGUGGCAUAAACUAAUAUUUACAUUUUGCUCAAUAAAAGACAUGUACAUUAACUUUAACCAGACUAUUAAAAAAAGGUCAUGUUUGCUUCUGUUUA